AUCCUAGGCGUGGCGGCUAGGGUUUUUUGCGUCGCUUAUCUGCACUCUCUCCGCCCCUUCCACCGAAACCUGCUUUAUUCGGCUCAAUCGAGACAUCUUGCCGCCGAUUCUAGGAUUCCCAUGGAGAUCGUCGAGGCGCGGAGAUUGGUGUUCUUCUAGUUCUUUGUUUCUCUAAGGCCUAUCUGACCCCGGCGCUUGAAGAUUCUUUUGCGGAGAUGGCCAGCAUUAACCCCUUCGAUCUCCUCGGAGACGACGACAGCGAGGACCCAACGCAACUCAUCGCCGCCCAUCAGCAGAAGAUCGCCUCCAAGAAGCCCACUGCCCCUGCGGCCGCCGCACCUCACGCGCCGGCAAAGCUUCCGACCAAGCCUCUCCCUCCUGCUCAAGCCGUGAGAGAGGUAAGGGAUGCGAGGAGUAAUACUGGGGCAGUGCGUGGCGGGGCUGGCCGAGGUGGCCCCGUCCGUGGUAGGGGUGGACGAGGAGGUCCGAUGAUUCAAAAUCGUGAUUUUGGAAAUGGGAACACCGGUGGAGCUUCGCGAGUGUAUGAAGGUGCUGAUGGUGCGGGAGGAGGUGAAGAUGGUGACGCUGGUAGGCUUCAGGAGAGGGAUCGGCCGCCGCGUCAACCGUUCAGUGGUGGACGUCGCGGUGGAUAUGGUGGACGUGGUGGAUACAGGAAUGGGGAGGCUGUAGAUGACUCUGAACGUCCUCCACGGAGGAUGUACGAUCGGCGGAGUGGAACAGGUCGUGGGUAUGAGAUGAAACGCAGUGGAGCUGGCCGUGGAAACUGGGGAGCUGCAACUGAUGAUGAUAUUGCACAGGAAAAGGAAGAAGUUCUUAAUGCUGAUGAUAAGACUAUUGCAACCGAAAAGCAGGCAGAGCAGGAUGAGGUGCCAUCACCUGAGGUGAACAAAGACAACGAGGGUGCACCAAAUGAAGGUGAAGAGAAGGAAGAAGAUAAGGAGAUGACUUUGGAGGAGUAUGAGAAAGUGAGGGAGGAGAAAAGAAAAGCAUUACUUGCAAUGAAGAAUGAAGAGAGAAAGGUUGAAAUUGACGAGGAACUGCAGUCAAUGAAGCAACUCUCGGUGAAGAAAGGAAAUGAUGAUGUUUUCGUUAAGCUUGGUUCUGAUAAGGAUAUCGGAAAAAAAAAAGAAAACAUUGAUCGGGAUGAAAGGAGCAAAAAGUCCAUGAGCAUCAAUGAGUUUUUAAAGCCAACUGAGGGAGAGAGAAACCGCGGUGGCCGUGGCCGCGGAAGGGGGCGAGGUGGUCGCGGACAAUUUGGUAGCGGCUUUGGAGGCGAGGGUUCAACUUUUGCAGCAGCUGCUGCUCCAUCAAUUGAGGAUCCUGGACAGUUCCCCACCCUCGGAGGGAAGUGAGAGCCAGCGAGCUCAAAGAAAACCUGUCUGUCUUUAUUUCCGCUAUCAUGGUGAUAGUCACUUUAAUUAUUCAUGGGUUGUGAGAGGAUUUCAGUACAAUAAUAUGAUGGAUGCUUGCUGUUCGUUGUUUUA